AUGCACCUUGCUCCUAUCACUUCCACUGGGGAGAUGCCACCCACUGUCCAAGGCCGCCAUUGGACGCGAUACAAUGUGGCCGCAGUAUGCUUCAGCAGCCUGGGAACCUUGGCUUAUGGCUACUGUGGUUCAAUCAUUGGAAGCACCAUGGGUCAGCCAUCCUUUCUCGAAUACAUGGGUCUUGACACUGCCCCCAACGCACCACAACUGCUUGGUGCCAUAGGCGCCUUGUUCUUUGGUGGAGGGGUAUGCGGCUGUCUGGUGGGCAGCUUCGUGGCAGAUCGUUGGGGUCGAAGAGCAGCAAUGGCUUUAGGCGCAGCGCUGCAAAUUGUCAGUGCCGCACUUCUGACAGGCUCAGUCAAUGUGGCCAUGUUCAUCGCAUUCCGUUUUUUGAAUGGCAUGGGAGCAUACAUGCUACUUGCUUGUGUCCCUCUAUACAUCGCAGAGAUCGUGCCUCCCCAGGCUCGUGGUUGGCUCGUAGACCAAGUCGCAGUCUGGAAUACAUUUGGCUACAUGCUCGCAUCGUGGGUUGGCUAUGGCUUCUUCUACUGGAAAGGCAAUGACAGCGCAUGGCGGCCCCCUAUUGCUAUUCAAAUUGUCCCCGCCACAAUCCUGCUCGUGGGUCUGAAAUGGCUCCCCGAAUCCCCUCGCUGGUUAAUCUCCCAGGACAAGGGUGACCAGGCUUGGACAACCUUGAACUGGCUGAGAACACGGCCUGGGGAUGCAGAUGAUCUUAUUGCCAAAUCCGAGUUUCUUCAGAUCAGGGCGCAAUUCCAGCUUGACUCCCAGUUUCAGUCGUCUUAUAUGUCUCUCUUGACAUACGCCCCAUAUCGGAAACGUUUGAUAUACGGAACUCUUUGGGUCUUUUUCACUCAGUGCUCAGGGGCAUUGGUCAUCGUUAAUUAUUCGCCUGUCGUCUACGGCUUACUGGGAUACGGACCGCAAAUGCAAUUGCUGUACUCUGCAGGCUGGUUAACCUUGAAUUUUGGUGCAAAUUUCAUCUCGCAAUUCACCAUCGACCUACUUCCCCGAAACAGAUACAUGCCCAUCGGACUCUCUGGAUGCCUUAUGUGCCUGGUGAUCGAAGCCGGCCUCAUCGCAAAGUAUCUGUACGCAGAUCCUCCCAACAUCGCCGCUUUAAAGGCAGCCACGUUUGCGGUAUUCUUUUUCGCGGUUUGGUUUGGGAUUUUCUGCGAUGGUGCCAUGUUCAUCUUCGUAACUGAAAUCUAUCCGAAUCACCUGCGAUCUAAAGGUGUGAACCUGGGUCUGGCAACCCAUGCAGCAGCAAACAUCCUAUGGACAACUCCUGCGCCCACCGCUUUUGCUACACUUGUGGGUAUCAUCUCAAUCUUGCUCUUCUUUCCAGAUACGAGGAAAGUCCCGUUGGAGGAAGUUGCUAGACUUUUCGGAGAUGAUGAAAUGGUUGCAGUCUAUCAACACGAAUUGACGAACACCAAAAUUGUGGAGGAGAAGUUGACCGAACUGCAGGUGGAGAUCGUGCCACAAUCGGCAUGA